AUGACUUCCGACACAACAUCACGAAUGCCAUGCUAUUUUAUUUCUCAUGGUGGACCAACUGUAUUACUCACUAAGGAAAGUGAUGAUCAUAAAUUUUUUAAACAAUGGGGAGGUAAAAUUUUGAAUCAGGACAAACCAAAAGCCAUUGUCAUUAUUUCUGCCCAUUGGGAAACUAUAGAUGGGAUUAAAGUUGGAAAGUUCGAAGGAGAAACGCCAAUUAUUUAUGAUUUCGGUGGAUUUUCUGAAGAACUCUACAGACAAGAAUAUCAUGGCAAAGGGUCACCCGAAUUAGCAGACAAGAUUGUCGAUAUACUAAAAAAGGCCAAAUUCAAUGUAACGGUUGAUACGACUCGUGGAUUUGAUCAUGGGGUUUGGAUACCUCUUAAGAUAGCUAUUCCUGAACCAGGAGAUUUACCUAUAGUACAGGUAUCUCUUAAACGUCACGCGUCAUAUGAACAUCAUAUUAAAGUUGGACGUGCUUUAGCAUCCUUAAGAAACGAAGGAGUUCUUAUUAUUGGCUCGGGUAUGAUGGUCCAUAAUUUAAGAGAUUCAUUCGGAUAUUUCGAUCGUUCAAAAAUGACCUUUUCGGGAGAAAUACUCCCAUAUACUACACGCUUCGUAAGAGAUAUGGAUAAAAUUUUGUUCGAAUCUAAUGCUGAAGAAAGAGAAAAACAAUUAAUUAAAUUGAUUGACCAUCCAGUCCUGAAACAAGCACAUCCAACUGAUGAUCAUUUGGUUCCCCUUCAUGUUGCAACCGGUGCUGCUGGGCAAGAUCCGGCUGAAAAAAUUUUCGACCUUUGUGUGGCUGGGAUGAGUUCAGGUUCAGUGGAAUUCUGUGCUCGUGGAUAA